GCGGGGCGGAAGUCCCUCACCCGCCAUCUUCCUUUCUGGUGACGCCCUCGGUGCGGAUCUGCCCUGACACAGAGGGAGUCAGGGUGGCUCGACCUCCGCAGCCAUGUAACCCCUCCCCGCAGGAACGGAACGGUUUUGAAUCCGAGGCUCGCACGGGUGCCGACUUGGUGUCCGAUGUCCCGAGUGCCGGCGAGCAGGGCGGAAGUCCCUCUCCCGCCGUCGCGGGGCCGUCCCCUCAGCUGAGGGAGCCGGGGCGCCCGAGCCUCAGCGGCGGUGCGGGGAGAGCCGCUGUGUGGCCGCUGGAGGCCAGAGCGCAGGCAUGGGCUCUGUGACCUUUGAAGAUGUGGCUGUAAACUUCACUGUGGAGGAGUGGGCUUUACUAGAUCCUUCCCAAAAGAAGCUGCACAGAGAUGUGAUGGAGGAAACCUUCAGGAACCUGGCUGCCAUAGGAAAAACACAAGAAGACCAGCACAUAGACAAUGACCACAGAUAUUCCAGAAGAAAUCAAAGAAAUGAAGAUGUAGAAAGACUGUUGGAACAUAACAAAGAUAGUGAAUGUGAAGAUAUCUUCAGACAGAUUCCCAACACCAUUGUGAACAGGAAAAUUUCUCAUAGAACAAUGAUUUGUGAAAGUCAUGUGUAUGAAGACAACAUGCUCAUUGGUCAUUCAUCUCUUAAUGUGUCUAUGCCUCUUCAGACUACACACAAACCUCAUCAAUAUGAGCUAUGUGGAGAGAGACUCUUUAAGAUUGGGGAAUGUGAGAAAGCCUUCAUUUAUCCAGAAUGCUUUCUGAAGCGUGACGACACUGACACUGAACAGAGCUCCUAUGAAUUUAACCAGUGUGAGAAAAUCUUCAAAAGUAAUGGCUGCAUUCAAAUACGUGUGAAUAAUGAAACUAGAGAAGAAAUAUGUAUGGAUAAGCAGCAUUAUAAUGCCUUUACUUAUCCUGAUUUUCUUCAGUAUGUUGAAAAGAUCCACACUGGAAAGAAACCCUAUGUAUGUAAACAAUGUGGGAAAACCUUUUCUUUUUUGAGUAACAUUAGAAGACAUGAGCGAACUCACACUGGAGAGAAACCAUACAAAUGUAAUAUAUGUGAUAAAACCUUCACUUGUUUAACUAACUUUCAAGAACAUGAAAGAACUCACACUGGAGAGAAACCCUAUUUAUGUACACAAUGUGGGAAGUCCUUUUCUUUUCUGAGUAACAUUCGAAGACAUGAACGUACUCAUACUGGAGAGAAACCAUACAGAUGCAAUCUAUGUGGUAAGGCUUUCAGUUACUUGACUAACUUUCAAGACCAUGAAAGAACUCACACUGGAGAAAAACCUUAUGUGUGUACACAAUGUGGGAAGGCUUUCACUUACUACUAUUCUUUUCAGACACAUAAACGAUGUCACACUGGAGAGAAACCCUAUGUCUGUAAGCAGUGUGGGAAAGCCUUCAGUUAUUACAAUUCUAUUCAGACACAUAAACGAUGUCACACUGGAGAAAAGCCCUAUGUAUGCAAGCUGUGUGAUAAAGCCUUUACUACACUCAGUUCUCUUCGAUAUCACGAGAGGAUUCACAGUGGUGAGAAGCCCCAUGUAUGCUUGCAAUGUGGAAAAGGUUUCAAUUCUUCCAGUACCCUUCGAAUACACGAAAGGACUCACACUGGAGAGAAACCCUAUAAAUGUAAGCAGUGUGGGAAAGUCUUUAGUGUUGACAGUUCCCUUCGAUACCAUGAGAGGAUUCAUAGUGGGGAGAAACCCUAUGUAUGUAAGCAGUGUGGGAAAGCCUUCACUCGGCACACCUCCCUUCGAUGCCAUGAAAGGAUUCACUGUGGGGAAAAACCCUAUGUAUGUAAGCAGUGUGGGAAAGGUUUUAUUUCUUCUAGUAACUUCCGAAAACAUGAAUCAACUCAUUCUGGGGAGAAACUCUGUGUAUGUAAACAAUGUGGUAAAGCCUUUACCGAUCAUAGUUCACUUCGAAGACAUGAAAGAAUUCACAGUGGGGAAAAACCCUAUGUAUGUAAGCAUUGUGGAAAAGGUUUCUCUUCUUUGAGUGGUUGUCAAAGACAUGAACAAAUUCACACUGGUGAGAAACCCUAUGUCUGUAAGAAUUGUGGGAAAGCCUUCACUAAUCCCAGUGCCCUUCGAAAUCAUGAAAGGAUUCACAGUGGUGAAAAGCCCUAUGUAUGUGAGCAGUGCGGGAAGGGUUUUAUUUCUUUUAGUAAGUUUAGAAUACAUGAACGAAUUCAUACUGGAGAGAAACCAUAUAAGUGUAAACAAUGUGGGAAAGCCUUUACUGGUCAUAGUUCCCUUCUACGUCAUGAAAGGAUUCAUAGUGGAGAGAAACCUUUUGUGUGUAAACAGUGUGGGAAAUCCUUUUAUACUUUAAGUGAUUGUCAAAGACAUGAACAAAUUCACACUGGCGAGAAACCUUACAUUUGCAAGCAAUGUGGGAAAGCCUUUACUCGUUCCAGCUCCCUUAAAAUACAUGAGAAGACUCACACUAGAAGGAAAUCCACAGUACACCAUUCUGUAAACACUGUGCGCACAAGCAGAGUGCUCCAGUAUGUCUCACCCCUCCUCAUUUUUCAGGGGUCUGUAUCCUUCGAGGACGUGGCUGUGAACUUCACCUCAGAGGAGUGGGCUUUACUGAAUUCUUCCCAAAAGAAGCUGCACAGAGAUGUGAUGCAGGAAACCUUCAGGAACCUGGCUGCCGUAGCAAAAAAGCAGGAAGAUAAGACCCUUGAAGAGGAUUAUGAAAAUUUAAGGAAAAUUCUUCCCACUGAAGUUCAGACUGGAUACAGUCUAUGUGAGAAUCAAGAAUAUGCCGAGAAACCAGGCACUUAUAAGGACUGUAGGAAAGUCUAUAGUCCUCCGCAGUGCUUUCUGGAACAUCUAAAGGCUCACACAGAAGAGGAAAGUUACGAAUGUAAGCAAACUGAGGACCGUUUUAGUGGACAGCGUGAUGUUCAUGACCCUGAAGGAAUGCAUGCUAAAGAAAAACUUUGUGUUUUAAAGCAGAGUGGGAAAGAUUUUUUGACUCUUGCUGGUAUCCAACAGCAUGUAACACAUGAUGGACAUGGGCCAUAUAUAUGUAAAGUAUGUGGUAAAGCCUUUCACUCUUCUGGUUCUUUCUUGACACACGAAAGAACACAUACUGGAGACCAGCUUUAUACAUGUAAGCAGUGUGGUAAGACCUUCACUUAUUCCAGUGGCCUUCGCCGCCAUGAAAGGACCCAUAGUGGAGAGAAACCCUAUAAAUGCAAGCAAUUUCUGAAAGUCUUUCCUUCCUUGAAUAAGAUUGAGAGUCAUGAACAGACUCCUAAUGGAGUAGAAUACAUAUGUAAUCAAUGUGGGGUAGCCUUCAGAGAUCACAGUUCCCUUCAAUGCCAUGAGAAGAUUCACAAUGUGGAGAAACCCUAUGUAUACAAGCAAUGUGGAAAAGCAUUCACUUGUUCUAGUGCCUUGCGAAGACACGAACGAAUUCAUACUGGGGUGAAACCCUAUGAAUGUAAGGUAUGUGGGAAAGCCUUCAUUGAUUGCAGUUCUCUUCAAUGUCAUGAAAGGAUUCAUAGUGGAGAGAAACCUUAUGUGUGUAAGCUGUGUGGAAAAGCGUUCAGUCGCCAAGGUUCUCUUAAAUGCCAUGAAAGGAUUCAUAGUGGAGAGAAGCCCUAUGCAUGCAAGCAAUGUGGGAAAAACUUCAUGCAUCACAAUGCUCUUAGAUACCACGAACAGAUUCACAGUGGAGAGAAAUCCUAUGGGUGCAAGCAAUGUGGGAAAGCCUUUGUGUUGAGCAGCGCAUUGAAAAAACAUGAACGAAUUCACAGCGGAUUGAAACCUUGUUUGUGCAGGGUGUGUGGAAAAGCCUUCACGUUUCAUAGUUCCCUUCAUUGCCAUGAAAGGACUCACACCGGAGAGAAACCCUAUGUAUGUAAACAGUGUGGGAAAGCCUUUAUGUAUCACAGUUCUCUCCGUUGCCAUGAAAAUAUUCACAGUGCAGAGAAACCCUAUGUGUGUAAGCUGUGUGGGACAGCCUUCACUUUUCACAGUUCACUUCAACGCCAUGAAAGAAUACACAGGGGAGAGAAACCCUAUGUAUGUAAGUUCUGUGGGAAAGCCUUCACUGAUCACAGUUCCCUUCGAUGCCAUGAAAGAAUUCACACUGGAGAGAAACCCUAUGUGUGUAAACAGUGUGGAAAAUCCUACAGUACUCAUGGUUCUCUUCGAUACCAUGAAAGGAUGCACUGUGUGUAAACCACAUUGGAAGACGUUCUCCUCUUUGAAUAAGUUUCAAUCUCAUUAACUAAAAAAACAAAAUAUAUGGUUAUAAGCUAUGUGAAUAAGCCUUAACAUGUUCUGGUUCCCUUCAAAAAACAUGGGUGGAGACACAUUGGAGAGUAUCUCUAAAUAUAUAAUAAAGGGAGCUCUUUUAUUGCUAACUUUUUCUAGCAAGCAUGAUAGCUUAACGAGUUUAACCUGUAUUAAUGUAAAGAUGUAGGAUUAUCUCCACUUGCCUCUGUUCAGUUCUCAAAAAAAAAAA